GCUUGUGAGGAGACAUGCAGCGUGCGGCGGCGCCUCGUCCGGGCCCGGCGGAGAAGAAGAAGAAAAAAAAAAUGAAGAAAAUGAAGAAAACGAAGAAAACAGUAAAGCGUCUCCAGCCGCGCGCGGAGGACGUGGCAGCUAAACGGGCAGCGGCAGAGCAGGCGGCGAAGGAAGCGUCUCGCCGCGCCCGGCACUUGAAGGCGCUUGGUCGCGCGUCGGGAGCUGAGCAGGAGGAGCUGGAGGAGCUAGAGGAGCUGGUGUUUGGUGACAGCCUCAACGUGGGGGAGGACGAGCUGCUGCAGCGCCUGGCUGACCCCCAGCGGCUGAAGGCUACAGAGAGGAAAAGCUUCCAGAAAGACUCUAGCGAUUCAGAAGUAGAAAAUGAAGCAAAAGGAAAAAUCUUGUCUAAAAAGCCAGCCUGGGUGGAUGAAGAUGAUGAAGCUGAGGAAAAUGUUGAUAUGACCCAUCGGUAUAGGAAAGACUUCAUGAAAAGCGAUGCUGAGAAGAUCCUUACUAAGAAAAAGCUAAAAAGGAGGCUUGAAGAACAGUUUCAGCGAGCUAUGGGAGGAGUUCCUGCCUGGGCUGAUUUAGAAAACAAGAAGAAACCCAAAAAGACCGCAAGUGAUAGUGAUAGUGAUGAAGAUGAUGAUCUGCUAUGCAGGACUGGCAAUUUUAUCUCAAACUCAGAGUCCCUGCCAAGAGGUAUUUUGAAGAUGACUACCUGCUUGCCUGCUAAUCAGGAACGUUUUGCUAAUGGAAAAUUGGCAACUGUGCAGUUUCAUCCAUCUGCUCAAGUGGUCAUGACUGCUGGACAUGAUCGAUCUGUGUCACUCUUUCAGGUUGAUGGUGUAAAGAAUCCAAGAAUACAGAGCAUCUAUUUGGAGAGUUUUCCAGUCUAUAAGGCUUGUUUCAGUGUUGAUGGAGAACAAGUUAUAGCCACUGGUACUCACCAUAAAAUGUUCUUUGUGUAUGACAUGAUGAGUGGAAGUAUUAUUCCUAUACAGAAAGUAAGAGGUGUGGAGGAAAGAUUUCUCAGAAAUUUUGAAGUCUCUCCAGAUGGAUCAUUUAUGCUUCUAACUGGAACUUCAGGUUAUCUUCACUUGUUGUCAAUGAAGACAAAGGAACUGGUUAGCACUAUGAAGGUAAAUGGAAGAUGCACUGCAUCUGCUUUCACUCCAGACAGCAGUAAAAUAUAUAGCUAUUCAAAGGAAGGUGAAGUUUUCAUUUGGGAUGUGAGAAGCAGAAAGUGUCUACACAAAUUUGAAGAUGAAGGUUCUUUGGAAGGAAAGUGCAUUGCUGUUUCAAAAAAUAACCAGUAUGUGGCAUGUGGUUCAGCUUCUGGAGUUGUAAAUUUAUAUACUACUGAUGUCUGUCUCAAAGAAAACCAUCCUAAACCAGUUAAAGCCAUAAUGAACCUAGUUACAUCUGCUACAUGUGUGACCUUCAAUCCCACCACAGAAAUUUUGGCAGUGGCUUCCCGUGAAACUGAUGAGGCUGUCAAAUUGGUACACAUUCCUUCAUAUACUGUAUUUUCAAACUUCCCAGUGUUCAGAAGAAAACAGAUUUAUCUUGCUCAAUCUAUGGACUUUUCUCCCAGAAGUGGUUUUUUCUCUGUAGCAAAUAACAAAGGCAAAGCUUUGUUAUUUAGGCUGAAACAUUAUUCAGAUUUUUAAAAGAAGAUACAGGAGAAAAUGGACCAGUAACAGAUUUAGGGAGAGGAUACAGAGCUCUUCUGGAGGGUGUCUGAAAUACGUCUGUACAGGAUAAAAGCCUGAGUUACUGCUGUCCACUGCCUCCAGGAGUACUGGACAUCCAGCUGGUAUCCAAUACACCGCAGCAUCGCUUACUCUUGCACUGAAUUCUGAUGUAUCCUUUUGGAUACCCAGCAGCAGCAAUCUGCGGGGCCGUUAAUGACACGUUACUGACAUUGUUUGGAUUUCUUCUGUUGAAACUAUGGAACAAUGAUUGCUUUUUCUGGAAGAAAAAAAGUUUUCUUGUGUAUUUGGAGAGUUUUGUCCUGUGCUUGUAUGACAGGGAGAUAGCAAUACAGUCUAAUCCAUUUUGGGGCACUUCUGUAGAGGCAGUCUGCACCUGUGUAUUUUCUUCCAAUGAUUAAAACUAUGCAGGUUAUACAUCUUAUUAAAUUACUUUGAGGCCCCUGUGUAAAAUCAUAUAAGCUGAUCAGACACUUUGAAAUGGCUGCAAUAUGAUUUGGUUUUCAUAAUAGAUAUUGUAAAAUGUGUCUGAGAUCUCAGUCUUCAUAGCAUUAUAUUUUGCACAUAAGAUUGCCUGCCAUAUGAGACUUCCAUUUUGUCUCUACAAUAUUGAAUGUUUUAUUAUGCUUAAACAGAUGGGAGGAAGAGUUGAAGCAGAGCGGAGUUUGGAAACGUGAUGCAGGAGCCCCUACUCGUAAUUGCUACCCAUUGCUAUUCUUCUGCCUUGUCAGAAGAUCAGGGAUCUCUAUUAAUCAUGGGUUUAGUAUGUAUUCUAUUGCAUUUUUCAGUCAGUUUCUACUGAAUUGAGACUGACUUAAGAAAUUAAGCCUAGCAAGAUGUUAACAGAUUUACACGGCUAGGAACUUGGGGAAGUUGAGCUUCAAUUUAGGGUCUUUGAAGACGCAUCCAUUUUAUGAAAAAUGAGUAACUUCUGUCUGCAAACCCUGAUGCAGUGUAGUGUUUAGCUAAGGGUCUGUAUCACAUACUGAAAUAAACAUCCUUAAACACAAGGGUUCUUUAUUCCUGUUUAAUCUUUGUUUUCAGCAUUGGAUGCAGAUUGUGAAGUUACUGGAAGAGAAAAGAUGUUUUGAGUAUUUAAAAUUCAAAGAUAAUUGUUCAAAAACUUGCGUUGUCACUCAGAACCUCAGCGUGCUGCUGUUUGUGAGAUUGUUUCAGUUACUUGGUGAAAAUCUAUUAUCCCUGAUCUACUGGGAGGAAUUGCAUUAAGAAUGAAAUAAUUAAGCCACGCGUUGUUGGUUUUUUUUGCCUGUAGCUUCUCUCAUGAAGGCAUUGCAGAAGCAACAGCUUGUUCUGAGCCUCACUGUGCUCCAUGGCUGCAUUGUCCUUCCUUGGAGGAUCUUCAUUUGUACAAACGUGUUAGACGCGACUGCAAUCACAGCCAUGCUUGCGUGUGCUCUAACAGACUUCAGUGGAUCUGGGAGACCGUGCAGAGUACCUUUUCCUGCGCACAGGGAUUAGAUUCUGGAGAUAAACUUCUUCAGCAAGCUGAACUGUUAGGUAGGUUGGAAGAUAUGAACUAGAUUACAGAAGAAGAAAUUGCGUCCCACUGAUCGCUAACACUUUGCAUCGAUUCCACAUGUGAAUUCUGCAGGGUAUCAGGUUCGUACUGCUGAGUCAUUCUUAAAAAUACAGGUAUCUGUUAUUCUGUGGGACAAUUGUUAGCACUCUGUCCUAGCUGCAGUAUGCUGCAAUUCAAUAAGGGUGAGCUAGAGAGAACAUCGCUGUAGUGGGAGAUGAAGCAAGUGUAGUUUGGAAACGAAUGGAAAAGGCCUCUGAUGAUAGGAAAUUCAAGGUUACAUUUAGUCGAGGACACCCAAGAAGUGGUUGGGUAAAUAUAAUAGGAAAAUGCCAUGGGAUUCAUGAGUAAAAGACAAAUUUGUGUAAGUUAAUUUUGUAUGUAACAAAGCCAUUAUUGCUUAUAAAAAUAUUUAUGUCUAUAUUAACACAAACUAGUCUUUCAUCUGCAUAAAUUUAUCUAGCAGAGUCAGGCCCGGAGGCUGCCUGUAAUAACUACAGAGGACUUCGUGGGCUGUCAGUUCUCACACCACUUUGUGCUGGGAUAUUUCAGCUAUAUCAUGUAUCGCAUACUGAGAUGAAGCUGUAGAAUAAAGUGGUGUGUACUACUUGAGAUUAAUUACUGUAAAAGAUUUGAGUAUUAUGGAUGGAUACUCGGACAAAAUUGAGCAAAUCUCCCAUUAAAGUUUUCUUUCUUGAAAAAAGAACAUUGUUUG